AAAGGUGGUGCGGCCCGGGGGGGUGGGGUGGGGCUGGUGCGUGUUGGGGGGUGCGAAAAGAGGGUCUCCGGAAGACCCCUUUUCUGCUCAUCCGGACAGAAUUUCCAGUCUUCUUUUUAGUUGGCAGAGUUGGAGACGGAGGAGCACGGAAUGGAGGACCAGACAAGACCAGACUAGGCUGGUGGUAAAAGAAAACUAAAGAAUAGGCAUAAAGGCAUAAAAUCGGUAGUCAUGGCAGGAGAAGAUGAGAAGAUGGAGAAGAUUAUUGGAUCAUACGGAGGCAAGGUGAGAAUCGUAUCAUCAACUGAUGAUGAUGAUUCAAUGGAGCAGGAGGAAGAAGGCGCUGCUGCUGCUUCUGCUGCCGCAGAGGAGAUGAUGUUGCUGUGGGGGAUUCAACAGCCAACUCUCUCCAAACCAAAUGCCUUCGUCUCUCAGUCUUCUCUCUGCCUUCCUCUCGAUGCUUGCGGCCGCUCUCUUUCCAUUCUCCAAUCCCCUUCUUCCUUGGGGACUCCUGGAGUAACUGGAGCAGUGCUUUGGGAUAGUGGAGUUGUGCUGGGGAAGUUCUUAGAACAUGCUGUGGAAUCUGGGAUGAUGCUUCUUCGAAGAAAGAAGGUUGUUGAAUUGGGAUCUGGCUGUGGCUUAGUAGGCUGCAUUGCUGCUCUUUUGGGUGCCGAAGUUACUCUAACUGAUUUGCCAGAUAGAUUGAGGCUAUUGAGAAAGAACAUUGAAACUAAUCUGUAUGGAGAUGUUCGUGGUUCUGCAGCAGUGAGUGAACUCAUUUGGGGAGAGGAGCCUGAUACAGAGUUGAUUGACCCUUCACCGGAUUUUGUGUUUGGCUCAGAUAUCAUUUAUAGCGAGUGUGCAGUGACGGAUUUGUUGGCCACACUUCUAAAACUCUGUGGUAUCCAAACAACAAUUAUCUUAGCAGGAGAACUUCGAAAUGAUGCUAUACUGGAAUACUUCUUAGAAUCUGUGUCCAAGGACUUCACCGUUGGGCGUGUGGACCAAACACAGUGGCAUCCGGAAUAUUGCAGCCCACGAGUUGUGGUCUAUGUUUUAGUGAAGAAGUAAAAUCACAUAAAGUGAUAUCACUGGUGAGUGUCAUUAUGUCGUAUUGUUUUGCACUAUUUUCUAGGACAUAGAGAUUGCAUUUGGAUCCAUUGUUUUUCAAAGAAAAAUUGUCAUGAUAAAAUUAAAAUAAAUAAUGGAGUAUAAAGGAGCUAAAUUUAUUUCUUUGUUUCUCA